AUGUUUAUAAUUGUUUAUGUAAAUAAUAUUUAUUUGUUUUCUUUUUUUUAUGAUGAAGUAAUGUCUUAUAAGUUUAGGCUUUUUUUAGCUAUAUGGCCGCUAUUAUGGUUUAUAAUAAUAUUAACAAAAAUAAAACAAUGUUUUUGUAUAAAUUUGAAAAAAGAAAAAUUGAAUUAUAUUUCCCAUAAUAAUUAUGUUAUAACAAAAAGCAGUAAAUACAAAAUCGGGAAACUUAGAAAAAACAAAAAUCAUUAUUUCACUCGAAAUACAAUACAGAAUAAUUUUUUAAAACUUUUUAACAAACUAAAUACAUUGAAUAAUAAAAAUGUCAUAUCAAAUAAUUUCCCACUUUAUUAUUUUAACCCUUCAAGUAUUUUUUUAUAUCAAAAUUAUGAAAAAAUAUUAGAAAAUAAAGAAUCUUUAUACAAAUGGAGUCACAAAAAUGAUAAAAGAAAAACAGAUAUAUAUUUAUCUGAUGACAAAAAUAAAAGAAAAAUACAAGUAAAGUCAAAAAAUGAUAAUGAAAAAUUGGAGAAAAAAAAAACUAAUAAAAUAGUGGAAAAAGAUAAGAUUAGUGAAAAUAAAAAAAAAAAUCCAGAAUCGUAUAGCAUUAAUCAAAAAGAAGAUAAUACAAAAAGUGAAAUGAAUAAUGAUCAAAUCGAAAGUAAUAUAAAUAAUAAUACUGAUAUAAAAAAAAAACGGAAUAACCCCAAAAAUACAGAUGGAACCAAACUAAACUUAGAGGAAAUAAAUUACACAAAAGAAAGAAAAUUAAUCGGAAAAAAAAAUAAAGAAAAUGUGUCUUAUACUUUAGAAAAAUCGAGUAAUGGAAUAAAAGAAUGUGUUUAUACAUCCUCGAUUAAUAACAAUAAUUUAUACAAAAAUAAUGAAAAAAAAGAAACGAAAUAUAUUUCUAGAAAUAACAUAUCAAACAAUAAUCAGUAUUCUGAGCAAAUAAAAGAAUCUAAUAUUGGAAAAUGUUUUGAAGGCUAUGUAUGCUCCGUUAAUGAAGAAGCAGCAUAUAUAAAGAUUUUUGAUUUAAAUAGUUUUGGAAUAUUAUUUAAAAACAAAUCUAAUUUAGGAAAUGAUGUAGAAAAUAUGAAUAGUUAUUUUAAAAUAAACCAAAAAGUUACUGUUAAAAUAUUGGGUGCAAAUUUAAAAAAAAAUAUAUAUUAUUUAGGAAAUAUAAUAAAAUAUAAUAAAGAUAUAAUAUUAGAAAAAGGAGAUCAAUCAAAAGGUUUGAUAACAAAAAUAUGUGAAUCUUAUUGCUUUAUUAAAAUAUUAAAAAAUGGAAGUGUAGGUUAUUUGCAUAGAUCAAAAUUAAAAUUUCUCGGAAAUUAUAUUUUAAACAAAACAGAAAAUAUAAAUAAUAAUGUCCAAAAAAAUGACUCAAAUUUUGAAUCACUUUUAGAUAUGAAAAACUUAGAGAUGCAAAGUAAACUAACAAAAUCAAUACAGUUUCAAAACAUAUUUAAAAUAUGGGAUAUAAUAGAUGUAGAAAUAUUAUCUAAGUCUGAACAUAAUUUUAGUUCGAGUUAUAUUUUAACUAUACCAACAGAAACUAACACAUUCAAACGGGUUCUAGAAUAUGUUCAAUCUACUUACAAAAAAAGUAUAAUAAAUUCAAUGUAUUCAGAUAUUAAACAAGAAAAUUUAACAAAUACAUGCCCAAAGGGAAUCCUAAAUGAACAGACUCAAAAUAAUUUAGAAGAAUUUACUUGUACUGACAGAAAAGAUACAAUUUUAAACAAUUCACAUAAUUAUAUUAAUAUUCAAAAAAAAAAAAAAAAUAAUAAAAUUAUUUACAAUUUAGAAGAUGAUAAAAUACAAAUGAAAAAAGAAAGAGGAAAAAUAAAUGGCAACUUUGAAAAUUCAGUAAAAAAAAAAAAAAAAAAAAAGGAUAAAGGUAAAGAAACAUUAACAAGAACAUAUCAACUGCCUAGUAAUAGUAAUAAUAACAAUGUUAUCAAUUUGUCUAUGUUUUCAAAAAUGAUUAAAAUAUCACCAUCUUCUUUAAAAAAAUUUUUCAUGAUAAAUGAAAAAAAAGAAUUUAGUUUUAAUUCUGAAUUAACUUUAGAUCAAAUAAAAAAGGCUUGUGAUUAUUUUGAGAUUCAGGACAAUUUAAUAUUACCAGUUAUAGCCAAUAAAAAAACGAAUGGACUUAAAAAUAGUGAAAAUACAAAUCGUUUUGAUAAUAUUUCAAUAAAUACGAUUGAAAGUUGUUUUGAUAAAAAUAAUAACUCCAAUGUGAUAGCAUGCUCGAAUAAUAUUAGUUUGAAAAGAAACGGUGGGGAAGACAUAGACAAUAAAUCGAUAAAAAAUAAAAAUAUAGAAGAAAAAGAAAAAAAAAGAAAUAUAGUUGUCACAUUUAUAGGUCAUAUUAAUCAUGGAAAAACAUCUUUAUUUGAUUAUAUUUGUAAAACAAAUGAAAGAAAUAAAGAACAUGGAUUAAUAACACAAAAUAUAAGAGCUUUUAAAGCAAAUUUAAACGAUAAUUCUGUUUGUACAUUUAUAGAUACACCAGGGCAUGAAGCUUUUAUUCCUAUAAGACAAAGAGGCAUUCAAAUUUCAGAUUUAAGUAUAUUAGUUAUAUCAGCAGAUGAAGGUAUUCAAGAACAAACUAUAGAAUGUAUAAAACUGAUAAAAGAAUUAAAUAUAAAAAUUAUAAUUGCCAUAACAAAAACAGAUAUUCCAAAUGUUGAUGUAGAUAGAAUAAUAAACGAUUUAUUAUAUUAUGAUAUAUCCACUGAAAUGAAUGGUGGUGAAAUUCAAGUAGUUGAAUGUUCUAUAUAUAAAGAAGAUUCUAUAAAUAAAUUGUUAGAUGCAAUAUAUUUAGAAUCCGAAUUUAUUGAUUUAUCUAUAAAAUAUAAUGAAAAUGCAGAAGGAGUAGUAUUAGAUUCAUAUAUUGGUAAAAAUGGUAUUGUUUCAAUUAAUUUAUUACAAAAAGGAAUAUUAAAAUUAAAUGACAAUUUCUAUACUGGAUCAUCUUAUGGAAAAAUAAAAGUUUUAAAAAAUUAUAUGAAUAAAAAUGUAAAAUAUGCACAUCCUUCUGAUCCAGUUGUAAUUAUAGGAUAUAAUAAAAAUUCUAUUCCUAUUGCUGGAAAUAAAUUUCAUGUAGUAGAAUCUGAAACAAUUGCAAAAGAAAUUUCUGAACAUAAUAAGGAUACAAUUCUAAGUUCACAAAUUAAUGAUUUUAAUUAUUCAAUGGCAAUACUUGAUAAAUAUAAAGAUAUGAUCAUAAAUCCUGAGAUAAAAAACAAAAAUGACAUUAAUGGUGAAAAUAAUGUAGAAACUCAAUUGGAUAAUGAAAAUGGUAAUAUAAUUGAAAAAAAUAUUGAAGAAAAUGAAAAUAAAUUAAAGGAUAUAUAUAUAAAUUAUUUUAUUAAAUGUGAUAAACAAGGAACUAUAGAUAUUUUAAAAAAUUCAAUUCUAAAGUUGUCUAAAGAAGAUACUAUAUAUAGAAUUCGAAAUAAAAUUAUAUAUGCAAAUAUUGGAGAUAUUUCAUUAAGUGAUAUAAAUUAUGCACUUAGCUUUAAUGCUAUUAUUAUAGGAUUUAAUGUUAAAAUAGCUAAAAAUAUAAAAAAUGGAAAAAGUUCGAAAAAUAAUUUAAGUUCCCAAUUUAUUUUUUCAAAUGUUCUAUAUGAAUUAAUAGAACAAAUUGAAAAUGAAAUGAUCAAACGAUUAAGCAAAAAACCAACUGGAAAAUAUAUAGGAAAAGCUAAAAUUUUGAAAAUUUUUAAUUUAUCUAAAUUUGGAAAAAUAUCAGGAUGUAUUGUUAUUAAUGGUACUAUUAAAAAUAAUAGUAAUGUCAGAAUAUUGAGAGAUGGUAAUGUUAUAUAUGUUGGAAAAAUUAUAUCUCUAAAAGUUUUGAAAAAUGAAAGAAGUCAAGUAAAUCAGAAUGAAGAAUGUGGAAUAGCUUUUGACAAUUUUACUGAUUUUAAUACAUGUGAUAUUAUUGAAGCAUACGAAGAAAAUUAA